AUGGAAUCAGGGCAACAGCCACAUCCAUCCACCAUAACCACCACCAUGUCAGUGAUGUCACCACCGCAUAACUCCGCCGAAGAGCUCCCCACAACCACCAGGCCCACCACUGUCAGCCCCAAAAAACUCACUCUCAUCCCUCUAAUCUUCCUCAUCUAUUUCGAAGUUGCCGGUGGACCAUAUGGUGAAGAGCCUGCAGUUCAAGCUGCAGGCCCUUUAUUUGCAAUUCUUGGUUUUCUCAUCUUCCCUUUCAUCUGGAGUAUACCGGAGGCUCUAAUCACCGCCGAGCUCUCCACCGCUUUCCCCGGUAACGGCGGCUUUGUUAUAUGGGCCGACAGGGCUUUUGGUCCCUUCUGGGGAUCCCUAAUGGGCACAUGGAAAUUCCUCAGUGGUGUAAUCAACAUAGCAGCCUUUCCAGCUUUGUGUAUUGAUUAUUUGAAAAGGAUUUUUCCCAUUUUCUCUUCUGGACUACCUCGAAAGCUUGCAAUCUUGGUUUCAACUUUGCUCCUUUCGUUUCUUAAUUACACAGGGCUCAAUAUAGUCGGUUAUGCUGCAAUUAUUUUGGGAAUUGUUUCACUUGCGCCAUUUAUUCUUAUGUCAUUGAUAGCAAUCCCCCAAAUUCACCCCCGUAGAUGGAUCAGUUUAGGCCAAAAGGGGGUGAAAAAAGAUUGGAACUUGUUCUUCAACACACUGUUUUGGAACCUGAAUUUCUGGGAUAAUGUUAGUACUAUGGCAGGGGAAGUUGAUAACCCAAAAAAGACGUUCCCUUUAGCACUUUUUUGCGCUGUGAUUUUCACUUGUUUAGGUUAUAUAAUCCCUCUUAUUGCAGUAACUGGAGCUAUUUCAGUUGAUCAGAGUGAAUGGGAGACUGGAUUUAUGGCAGAAGCAGCACAAAUGAUUUCAGGUAAAUGGCUAAAAUUCUGGAUUGAAAUUGGUGCUGUUUUAUCAGCAAUUGGACUAUUUGAAGCACAAUUAAGUAGCAGUGCAUAUCAGCUUCUGGGGAUGGCAAAUUUAGCCUUUUUACCUAAGUUUUUCUCCUAUAGGUCGAAAUGGUUCAAUACUCCAUGGGUGGGAAUAUUGUUAUCAACAGUCGUUGCAUUGGGUGUUUCUUAUAUGAGUUACACAGAUAUCAUAUCUUCUGCAAAUUUCUUGUAUAGUUUGGGUAUGCUAUUGGAAUUUGCAUCUUUUCUUUGGCUGAGAAGAAAAUUCCCCACAAUGAAAAGGCCUUACAGGGUGCCAUUGAAGCUGCCGGCUUUGGUGCUUAUGUGCUUAAUUCCGGCUGGAUUUUUGGUGGUUAUAAUGGCUAUAGCAACCAAAAUUGUGUAUUUAGUGAGUGGAUUAAUGACUGUUGCUGGGAUUGGAUGGUAUCUUUUGAUGAGGCUUUGCAAGUCAAAAGGGUGGCUUAAAUUCAGCAGGCUAGUUGUGGAGGAAGAGUCAUGA